AUGGACCGAGCAUUGGCUAAUCGGUUCUCACCUGGUGCACUUACAUAUUUGAUUCAUCACAUCUUUCUCCCACCCAAACUCCCGCAGGAAGACGACCAUGAUCCAGAGUACGAAUCAGUGUUGCUGAACGUCGUACUCGACGCCCUUGGUAGAUUCCGAAACUGCGUCAUUGGUGACCAGAAUGAGACUAUUGGUUCUGUCAUUGCUAUGAUCAGCGGCAUGAUAUCGCUACGCGACUCCUCUGCUUCUGCAGAUGCUGUUAGCGAAAGAAAGCUGGAAAGUGCUCUAAGAGCCUUGUGCAAGAAAGUCGGGAGCGGAACAAUUCUACUUCACAUACGAGCCCAGAAUACCGGUGUCAUGGUUAGCAGGGUUGACCAGUCAAUUCACGUUGAGGUGUUUGAGCUCUCCCCCCUCAAUGAGCCAGUAGUUACCACCAAGGGAAGACUCCGACGCUCCUUUCCAGGACUAGCUCUCUCUCUGAGCAUCGAUAACUUCGAACAACCUGGCUUCCAAUCGACGAUCGCACGCACGCUUGCCAAAAUGAGUCACCAGCUUGCCGCUGGAACAAAACCAAAAGCAAGAAAAGCAGGCCGUCUGCACGAUGAGGACCGGGAUACAAUACACCCACAGGUAGUCACUGAGCUCUUUAUGGGGUUCUUAGCUCCUGCUGCCGAGCCAGUUGAUGUGUCAUGUCUCUGGAAAAAUACUCGAGAAGAAGUAAUGUGGCUUGACAGCCUACUACCGUGGCGAAGAUCCCCUACGUGGCUACUCGUCCGCGUUGCCAUGCAGCUCGUCAUUUCAAGGUCGUGCAGUUCAUCUGCGUCUCGAGGGUACCUCUACAAGAGGUUUAUGGUGUUUCUCAUGAGCCAUAUUCUAGAGCUUUCACACCGCCAUUCUCUUCCCAGCGAUCUGUUGUACACGGUGAAUGCCAAACUUACUCGACGCCUACUCAAACUCGAUCCACAUGUCGGCACACCUGUCCUCAGCUUCGCUCAAAAUGUCAUGCAGAACACUUACGAUCAAAUUUCUACGAGGUGGUCACACAUUCUGAAACAAGCCAGCCCUUGCCGCCAUCUAUCAUGUCUUGAACACCUAAGCUUUGACCGGGAUAUCUUCCACACUCUUGUCGGCCUAGAUGAAUAUGUUAAGUCGUUGGCUAAACGUGGGCACCACAAAGUGCCUCUUUCCUUUCAGCCGGCUUCCCAGGUUACCAAAUUUCAAAUCCAAGAACUUCCGACACACCUGGAUUCCUCGAUACCGGAGCAUACGGUCUACAAUCUAAGGGCUUUCGAAGACUGGGUCACCUCUAACCUCCCCCAGUGGCUGGAACACCAAAAGGGGAGCGCCGGCACCUGCGGCAAAAUAGGCGAGUCGAUUCGGAAUUACUAUAGAGCUGCAUCUCCAUUUUAUGCAGGAAAUCCAGAGGCCAAUUCCAUCAUGCUGCUGACCAUCCUUGAACUCUGGAUUGCCUGCGACAAAUCUGCGAUCAGCGCUUGCGAAUUUCUUAGGGAUUAUGACCCGGGCAUCCCCCUAGGGCUUCUCCAAUCCCUACUGCUCCCUUUGGCGUGCCAGAUGGAACGUGUGCUUCAUGUGGAGCGUUAUCUCGAGCAACGUCAAGUGCACGCCGUACAUCCAUCCCCGAGUAUCUUUCGAGACUAUGGACUUCAAAAUUGCUUCUCGGUUAGAUACUUCAGCCAGUCUCCAGAGCACCGGACCUUACUUCGUGAUAUUGAAUGCGAAGCAACUCAGGCCAAACAGGAGAAACUCAGGGAAUUCUCCCAGAAGAAGGAGGAGUAUAGGUCCCUCAUGCGGCGCGUCGAUCAGAGCGAAUGCGAAUAUGAAGUAAGGGCCGACUAUUACAAUGGCAUCUACGAACGACGCUACCACAGUGACGGUUGCCAAAAGUGUAAGUAUAGGUCCCAAGCUGAUUCACUUACUAUUCGGAUUCAUGAAUGGCCGCUACCCGACGACGCGCUAGAAGCCAAGUCAGUGGUAUUUGAACUCAAAGUCCCUCCUUUUUUUGGUCACUGGCGGGAUACAACGCUAUUUCUCCUUCUCACCGUUCUGAAUGCUCGCUUGUCGGCAGACGGGCCCCGAGCACAUUACCAUCUGAGGGGCUAUCAGGGUCUUUCGUCCUUCUUUGCAUCAUUCAGCACAACACAGCGGCUCGGUCUCCUGUCGGAAAACAAACCUCAUGAAGUUACACACCGCUGGCCAAAGAAUAUCGCCACCACCACCCCAGACGAUGUCUGCCUCAACAGUGGGCUCUGGUACAAAUAUCAUGAUGAAGCAACGGGCACUUUUGUCGGCGACUUCUGUUUCGAUGAUGACCUCCUGAAGCCUUUUAUCUAUACAUUGCCAACGCCAUCAGCAUCCAUUCAACGAUUCCUCUUUCGUCCAGCAACAGCGCCCAAUGGGCCGUCGCCAAAUACUGUCAUAGCCAGCCAAUCCGACUGUCCCGAUUGCAUGUCGUUGGACGAGUACAAGGCGCUGUGUACCAUUCCCCUUGGUACCCGAAUUCAAUGGCAGAAUAUAUUACUACAACUCUGCGCGCCAUCGGUUGAUUUCAAGAAGGUCGAAACCACUUUUGUGGUUCUCCAGUCAAUCUAUCAAGCCGGACCUCCGAGUGGGAGUGCAGGCCUACGAGAAAGCCACAAUAUUGUGGGCGAUGCGGACUUCUGCCACGCUCUUUUAGAGAGCCUCCAUGAGGCUUUGCAGAGAAUUAAGGAGAACUGGGAGUCUUCCCAGGCACUCAGUAUCUUCACUUCCUUAGCUGCGCGGUUGCUGUCGCUGUCAACCGCCGAUCAGGUCAAGACCCGGUGCCUGAUUUAUCUGGCUAAUGUUCGAGAUGUUGCUUUUGCUUGGGUCAAUCUUCUCAAGGAUAGGGUGCACAAGACAACCGUGGAUUGCCACAGAACAGACUUAAUUUCCAAGGCUGUCGAGAUUGCUUUGAUUUGCAUCGAUUCGUUCAAUGUUGACGACAUGCAUCUAGUCCACGCACUGUCCUCCUCCAAAGAUGCAUCAGUCUUCAUCCAAUGUUCCAUUAUCAUCCAUGAAGGCAUCAAUACCAUUUUGAAAACCUCUGACCCUAUGAUUCCCAUACUUCACCGGCGUUGGAGAUGGCUUUCAUAUCGCGCUUAUCCCAUCCUUAUGAAAGAAAUAUCCAAUGCUCGAAGUCAGUCCUUGGACGACGCCAUAAGGAAGUCUUGGUCUGCCUACCAGGUAGGAGGCUGCUGGCAAGUGGUUUCAGAGCAAGCAAAUUAUUGGGUUGUCAGCCAAACACCACCUCGAAACAACUGUGAACAACUCUGGGUCCAUUUCAAUAUCUUAACCGGCGAAUUGCUCGUGAAUGGCCUUCCCUUGAACCGUCUACCUUCUGAGUUCGAACGUCACGCGACCUAUCGAACGUUAUUUGGCCAUUCGACACUGGAAGUUAUGCCUUCCGCAGCCCAUGGCAUGCAGUUCUCUGGGAAAAAGGAGUAUGCUGGGUACACCCUUCAUUUCGGCAUUAGCCCCGUUCCUGGAACCUCCAAGCUGCUUGAACACGAUCUUUUGGUUCAAGCCGAAAAGAAUAAUUGCAAAUACGAACUCAUCCCUUGCAGGGUCCUUCGUGGGGAGUUCCCCGACGCUUUCGUCGAGGAGUUUGUUCAUUGGUACGACGUAAAUGAUGGCUCCUUGGAAUUUCGUCCUGUUGGGGAUCCUUGGCUUUCGUCUCCAAAUAACUGGAGAUUGACCCGAGCUAGAGGCGUCACUCACUGGCUUAUGAGGAAGGGUGCGAUGUCAUCGGUCAGCGUGAAGAGUGAGACCGCCGUAAGGCUCUCGGACAUCCUUUCUCCGUUAGAGGAUCCGCUCAAGAUACACAUCGCCUUGCACCACUCUUCAUCAUCGUUAGAGAUUGAGCUUCCCAGACUACAGCUAGGAUUCGAUCUCAGAUCAGGGGAAUCCUCAAUCCAAUCAAAGCAGUUUCGGGGAAUGCCAGUUGAUCCCUAUCAGUCACUCGGUACCCUGGUGGGCCUUCGCAACAAGCUCUUGCUAAAACACAAGACAAACGACGGUCGUCUCGUUAUCUUGCCAGAGGGAGGCGUAUCGUGGGAAAAGGAUGGUGACCAUGUUUGUGUCAUCAUCGACAAAAACUCUGCUGCCAAAGCUCACGCAUACUACGUGGACACCCAGAUUGGCAGAUUGGUCGACAAUGGAAGUUUACAGAGCAAGUUGUUCCUAUGUUACCUCCACGCGCUCACGUCUUUUUGCCUGCCUGAUCCCCAUAUACAGAGAACUGGUACCGAGGAGGCUCUUUCGAUCCUAAACUCUGCUGCUGUGAGAUCAUUCGAUCGAUUGACACAGGAGAACAUUGACAUCCUCCGUCGGAUAGCUUAUCUAACCCCAGGAAGAGGUUACUAUCCGGCUAAUGAACGCGUCAUGCAGACUGUGGAGUGGGUACAGGAACUCAGUUUUCUAGCUCAGCACGGCGGAUUUUACGAGAAUGUCACAUCCAUAUUCAAUCAAGCUGACAAGGCGAAGAUGUUCUACCCAGAAUCAUAUGUCCCGUCACCAGAUCUUGAUCACGUUGACCCGUUCUUAUCGAAGCGCGACUCUAUUCGGUCAUCGACCUUUCGCGUCUCGGGCUUCGGUGCUGAGGAUCACACCAGCGAGCACGAUGCCACUUAUUCGGCAAGGGAUCGGGAUAACCGCUCAGCGCGGAGGCUCAAAGCUCUUGCCAUGUCGGAUAUAGUGUACCAUGGACGCACGAAACUCCAUUAUAAUGUUCCAUCCGAUUUGGCAUUCCAUCUCUGGAAUUUCCUCUCGCGAUCAGACUCCCCAAUAUUAGGUGCAAGCCAUCCAAUACCAUCCGAGCUGGACUAUGACGGCGAGUUGCUCCAAGAUUCGCCAGAGAUUGUCUCCAAAUAUUGGUGCACUCUUCACCAAACAAUCAGUCGUGACCAUCCACGUUGGAACAAGUUCCGUCUGAUGAUCUGGCUUUCAACAUUAGCUUUUGCUGAAAAGAGCGAUAUGCAGAUUGUCCAGACACUGGCCUCGUUCUUCGUGGUGCCAGAGAUGGUUCAGAUCUCCGCCCCGCCCAUCACUUCCUUUCGCCUAUCUUAUGGUGCGGCGGUGAACACGCGGGAACUACAUACCAGCUUCCGGUCGGCUCUUCUCCCUUUCCAUCGCUGUCCGGAGGGACAACUCUCCCGCGGGGCCAGAGAAUCUAGUUCUAAUUUCAACAGACGCCAACAACGCCAGUUUCAGAGCAACCAAGACCGUACCGUGAACAAACUUGUCAAUGCAAUGCAGGCCCAGUGGCCUUGUGAGACUCCGACUCCCCCAAACGAUGCCGAGUUCUCAUUGUACAUGGACAUGGAUAAAGUCAUAGAAGCUGCAAUGCCAAAGUUCAAGGUUUGGUUCGACAAUUAUCGAUUCUACGAUUAUCUCUGUCAAAUUAGAGAUACACUGUCACUCCAACUGGUUAAUCCAGUAGAGGUGCCCUCAUCUUCACUGACCACCCCAACAUGGAACCUCCAGAGGACAAAAGGCUUCAUUGGCAUCGAUGAUGUUUUCUCUUGCUCGCCUCCAUCCGAAUUGACCUGUGGAUCCAGAGACUUGAAUGAUCUUCUGCUGCCUUCGAAUGUGGAGAAAUCGACACCUCGUCUGGCAUCCCUUCUAGACCGACUUGAAACGCAACUGAACUCCAAUUAUGAAAGGAAGUAUGUCGAGGACCUGCGAGUGAGCCUGUGCUCUUUGCGUGGCUGGAGGGCUGAAUAUCACUUAUGGUCGCAGGGAAAUGGCGUUGAAGGAAUUCUCCGCGACCACUUAAACCGUUGCAGUGAACGGGUUCGCAAGAUCUAUUCUGCCAUCAUGUCUGCUGUGACUGAAAUUCAUGCAUUCGAAGGGUCAUCGACUACGCAACGAAAUAACCCGCUCUCAGUUGCUGUUGCCAUCAGGCAAAUUCCGCGGCUGUGCCCGGUCCUCUUCCUCCAACAGCUCGCUCGCAGUCGAUGGCAGAUAAUCACGACCGAAUGGAAGCGUUGCAUUGUUCAAUAUGCGCUGGCUCUCACCGAACUCCAAAGAGCGGAGCGACUCGUAAACCUCUCUGACUGUCAUGCUGACCUUAUCAAAGAAAUCCGCAAUUCCGGCCAUAGAAACUGGGAUCCCAUCGAUUAUCCCGAGUCUUUACUGCUGGAAGCUGAGACCGGAAUCAUAAUUCGAGAUGUCCAGGAAGAGAUUGCCAGAGAGAUGAGAGGUCCCCAACACGGUAACAAUGCGGUUAUGCAAUUGAAUAUGGGCGAGGGCAAGUCAUCUGUAAUUGUGCCUAUCGUAGCAGUUGCUCUCGCGGAUACUUCUCGGUUAGUUCGCGUCAUCGUGGCUAAGCCCCAAUCCAAGCAGAUGUUUCAAAUGCUGGUCUCCAAGCUGGGAGGCUUGCUAAAUCGGCGGGUCUAUCACAUGCCAUUCUCUCGUUCAUUGAAACUCGGAAUAGCGGAGGCAAAUACAAUCGCCAGCAUCUGCCUUGAAUGCAUGACCAAUGGAGGCAUCCUCCUCGUUCAGCCCGAACAUAUUCUAUCCUUCAAGCUGAUGGGCCUCGAGUGCCUCCUUACAGGCAAGGACGCAAUUGGCCGCUCGCUGCUGGACACGCAGAAAUACUUCGACACAUCGACCCGCGAUAUUGUGGAUGAGAGCGACGAAAACUUCAGCGUCAAGUUCGAGCUGAUCUACACCAUGGGCAUGCAGCAACCAGUUGAAUUAAGUCCAGAGCGGUGGAUAUGCGUCCAACAAAUGUUGGAGCUUGUUAAAAUGUUUGCUCCGGAGGUGCUCAAGGAGCAUCCGCUUUCCAUGGAAGUCCACGAGCGUUGCCCAGGAAGUUUCCCCAGGACUCGGAUUCUUGGGUACGAGGCACAGGAACGGAUUUUAGGUAACAUCGCUGAACGCCUCUGUGAGACCGGACUCAACGGUUUUCCAAUUGCCCGGCAACCCGAAGCUGUUCGGAAAGCUGUGUACAAAUACAUCACCAAGACCAAUCUCACUGCAAACGAAGUAGAUCAAGUGGAAAGCCAGUAUCCAGGAGGCUUCUGGACCGAGUCGACAAGCAAGACACUACUUCUCUUCCGAGGUCUCAUAGGGGGAGGAGUUUUAGCUUUCGCAUUCGGGCAGAAACGUUGGCGAGUCAAUUAUGGGCUUGACGCGACCAGGAAUCCCCGGACGAGGCUCGCAGUACCGUACCGGGCCAAAGACAGUCCUACCCCUCGAUCUGAAUUCAGCCACCCCGACGUCGUCAUUAUCCUAACGUUACUUAGCCACUACUAUAGUGGGCUAGGUGACGAUGACCUAUUCCUGGCAUUUGGCCAUCUUCUAAAAUCGGAUCAAGCCGACAUCGAAUACCAAGUAUGGGUCAAAGAUGCCCCCAGUCUACCCCCAGCUUUCCGCCAGUUAGCUGGUGUCAAUCUCAAGGACCGUUUCCAGUGCGUGGAACAAGUGUUCCCUCCCCUGCGCUAUGCUAAGAGCGUCGUUGACUACUUUUUGGCGCACAUCGUCUUUCCGAAAGAGAUGAAGGAGUUCCCGCACAAACUGUCCGCGUCCGGUUGGGACAUUGGCCAGAUUAAGACUCAUCCAACGACUGGCUUCAUUGGGACAAACGAUUCACGGAUGACGCUCCCUCUCCCUGUAAAGCAUCUCGAUCUUCAGGAACAAAAACACACCAAUGCUCUGGUCUUGGAGCACCUCCUUCAACCUGAAAAUUCCGUCGUACUUAUGCCACAACGGGGAAAGCCCCACAGUUCGGACGCAGAAAUCCUCCUAACUAUGGUGACGAAGAUGGACCCAGCACCCCAAGUGAUUCUUGACGUCGGGGCCCAGAUUCUCGAAUUGAAAAACUUGGAACUUGCGAGACAGUGGUUGGAGAUGACGCCGGACCUGCGAGGAGUGCAAGCUGUUGUCUUCUUUGACGACAGUGAUGAGCUCUCCGAUCUCGACCGCAAAGGGAAGAUCGAGGCAUUACAAACAUCAACUUUUGCAAAACAGCUUGAUGUAUGUCUCAUAUUCCUGGAUGAGGCCCACACGAGAGGAACCGAUUUGAGAUUGCCAGAAUACUACAAGGCGGCCGUAACCCUAGGAGCAAAUUUGACCAAGGAUCGAUUAGUGCAAGCAUGCAUGAGAAUGAGAAAGCUCGGUGAAGGCCAGUCAGUCGUCUUCUGCGUUCCAGAAGAGAUCGAAAUAAAGAUUCAGAAACACGCCGCCAACCCUGAGAACGCGGUCAUUGACGUUUCAGACGUUCUUUGUUGGGCCAUGUCGGAAACAUGGACCGAUAUGCGUCGGAGCAUGCCUCUAUGGGCGGCGCAAGGCAAGCGGUUUGAACACCAGAACGCGCUUUGGGCUGAGGCCCGCUGUGACGGCGAGGUGCGAAUGUCCCAAACUCACGCGGAACGAUUCCUUGAGAAGGAGUCUCGCUCUCUAGAUGACAUGUACCGACCUUGCACCCACACUGACAUGACCUCGGCCUUGCAAGUCGGCGGAAAAGCGAAUCUUGGACUUAUCUGGGAGCGUUGCCGUGAAUUCGACGCCCUUGAAUUCAACCUCGCUGAACUCCAGGAGGAGCAGGAGCGUGAAUUGUCGCCGGAGAUCGAGGAAGAACGACAGAUCCAGAAGCCGCAACCUGCUGAUCCCGCCGAUCAUCAUCUCCAUCCCGACUUGAUUACAUUUACGACUACGGGCACGCUCAUCAGUGGUUCCAAAGCCUACAUGCCCGCAUUCGAAGCAUUACGCGACACGAGUGCCGCCGCACAUCUCGACGUCUCACAAUUCCCCGACGAUCUCUUCGUAACCGCUGAUUUUUCCAGAACGGUCCAGAUACGUGGCAACUCCUAUAUCUCGGAUGUUUACCAGAGGCCGGUGCAGUGGAUUCUGACCAGCACAGGGAGCGACUGCCCAGGAGACAAUGCUGUCAAAUACAUGGUCAUCAUCAGCCCAUAUGAGGCCCAGGAGCUACAGUCAACAGUCGGACAAUCUAAGACCGUGGUACUCCAUCUCUACGCACCGCGGCUGAACUUGGGAUUCCGUGCACUGGAUGGGCUGGACUUAUUCACAGUACCCAAGGCACGGGGUCGAGUUCUACCACGUCGCUUGGUCAUGCUGUUAAAUAUAUUCGCUGGACAACUGCACCUCUCCUCAUUCAAGGAGUACGUCGAGAUAUGUGCCUUACUGGAACUCGCAUCAGAGAAGACUAAAGUGGGUUGCGUCGUUGCUGCCGACGGUUUCAUCAUCCGAGAUUGCAUUGGAACAGGGGAGCCGGAGUCCGGGUCGGCUUUCAGGCGUAGCCCUGUCCCUUUCCUGAAGGUUCUCAUGUCGAAAAUACGGAGAAAUUGUCAGAGCAUUGACAAGACACAUAUGGGGACGAUAUUGGAUGGCCGGUUGCUUCGUCCAUCAGACUUUGGCGUACUAGAAGCCGGACAGGAUGUGGCCAAGGAGGGCGACCACGGACGCAGUAUCAUUCUGAGCUAG